UGUUGGCUUUUUCUUUCGACAGUCUCCGACGGCUCCGUACGCGCUAAAUAGUGACAUUUCACCUGUUACACACGGACAGCGGCGUGCUUUAUAAUACUUGGGACCGAGUGAAGCCAAGAGUCAUCUUGUUUCGUAUAUUCUAUAUACUUCAUUUAUGAAUACAUUAAUGUUUAAAAUCGGUGUACGACAAUGAGUUCCGGUGAAAAGAUCGAAGAGCAAAAGCAUCAGCAGCAGCAGCAGCAGCGUCAAUACAAUCAAAUCCGACAAAGAAAGGGCGAGGAGGAAGAUGUGGAUAACGAGGCGAAAGGCGCAGGGGGCGACAAGGCGACAACGAGCGACAUCGAUUCGUUAAAAGAUAACGCCUUGAAAGAUCGGCAAAGUGGCGGAUUCUACUUUGGUCAACCGCUAAUUUGGCUGAACAUCGUGGCUAUCAGCCUGUUUCACGUGGCUGCCCUCUACUGCUUCUUGACGUUUCCGUACAUUCAGCGUCCCUUGACAUUCCUCUGGGCGGUGGUCGUUGCCGUGACGACGUCGUUCGGCGUCGGAGCGGGGGUGCAUCGCCUCUGGACUCAUCGCUCGUACAAGGCCAAGACGCCCCUUAGGAUAAUUUUGCUCUGUUGUUACUGCAUGGCCGGAAUGAAUCCAUUGUACGAUUGGGUGAGGGAUCACCGAGUGCAUCAUAAAUUCUCGGAGACGGACGCCGAUCCGCACAACAGCAAUCGCGGCUUCUUCUUCUCGCACGUCGGCUGGCUUAUGAUGAAGAAGCAUCCGGACGUCAUACGCAAGGGACGCCAGAUCGACAUGAGCGACAUAACGAACGAUCCCGUCUGCGCUUUUGGACAAAAGUUUUUCCUUCCGAUGAAGAUACUGUUCUGCUUCGUACUGCCGACUCUCGUGCCCGUGUACUGCUGGAACGAGGACUGGUACUACGCGAUAGCCUCGCAGGUCUUCAUGCGCUACUCUUACGUGCUGAACGUUACCUGGUGCGUCAACAGCGUAGCCCACAUGUUCGGCGGACGACCCUACGACAAGACGAUAGCGCCGGUGGAGAACAAGCUGAUAUCGUGCGCCACGGGCGGCGAGGGCUGGCAUAAUUACCAUCACGUCUUUCCCUGGGACUACAAAGCCUCGGAGAUCGGCCAUCCGACCAUCGACCUGAGCACCGUCUUCAUACAGACCUUCGCCAAGAUCGGCUGGGCUUACGACCUCAAGGAGCCCACCGCCGAUCUGGUCAAGUCGAUCGCCGCCAACAAGGGCGACGGCACGUACGCCGAGGUCGAGGAGCCAAUGACGAGACAGUGACGAGACGACGACGAGAUGCGCAUUUUUUCUUCGCCACCGUGUCAGAGUCACGCGCAGUCUGGGUAAAAUGUAGAGAUUAUUUUUUUAUAUCGAUUCGCGUGUAUUAGUCCGAAUUUACAGAAUAAGUUAGUCAAUGAUAAUAUUAUAUACUAUCUCUCGCAAAGUUAAAGCGGUAUUCUAAAGUGGUAUUACACGAUUGUUCGUUUGUAAAUGCAUUGUGCGCGGUAAGUGAAGUAUGAAUUAUUAAUUCAAAAAGGUUGUGCAGCAAGUUAUCGAUAAUUAGUAUUUAAUGGAGUUUAAAAAAAAACGGUGAUAUCCAGAAGUGCAGUUAAUUACCAGCAUGUAUAAUUCCAUCGCGUCGAAUACGCGUUUGUAACUUUUUUUUUCUUUAACAACAGAAAAUAAAAUGAUUGUUUUUUUUUGUAAAAUAAAAAUUAA